GUGACUAUUCGAUCAGAGCUGAUCCAGAACUGAUCAACAAAGCGUAACGAAGUUGUAUGUUUUCGUAAAAACAAUAGCGAAGUAACAAGUGAUUAUAGGUAUCUUACAAUCUCAUAAUAUUUUUAAGACAAACAACCAUGAUCAAACAAAUAGACACUACAAGUGCCUUGAUCAUUAUGCUUUGUUCCUUUGCAAUUAUUUCCCGGAAAUGUUUUUCUUUGUGUUUGUUUACAGAACAUAAACACAGCGUGCGUUAAAAGUGAAAGUGUUGAACGAAAAACGAAAGUGAUCCAGCGACGAUUUUUCGUCUGCGUUAUAAGCACUUCCGGUUCGAUAAUUACAACUAGAUUUUCCUCAUCGCAGCUGAAUAAUUCUAAUUGAAUGGGCAGAAAAGUAAAGGUGAUUCGACCGUGACCAUCACGUCUUUUUUUCGUUUUUUUUUUUUUGAGGUAUGUAGAAUCACAUUAUCCAAUAUGCCUUUCUUUACUGAAAAUAGGGAGUGCACUGAAAGGAUUAAGCUGUUAGGUUGAGCAACCGGCUAGUGGCUCCUUCGUCAAAUCAUUUCUCUCAAUACAGUUUUACUCGGCUGAUUACAUCCAAGCCAACACGAUCGAGCUGACAUAUGAUCAAAAGCGUUCUAACCAGGACCAUCUCUAUUUUAAAAGUCUGGAACUAAAUUAUCUAAUAUCUUUAUGAAAAAGACUAACCAUGUUGAAGAAUGGAAUUUUUCCUGACGAUAUCAUAAUUCAUAAUGUGACGUUUAUCAGCUCAUCUGAUGGUAACAAUGUAAUAUGAGAUAUGUUUCCUUUAAUAAGUUGUGACUAGUCUGACGUUAGUAAAAAGUCAUUUUCUCACAAAUAAUUGAAACAGAUCGGUUCAUGACAACAUGUCAUAUCGGUAGAAUAUAUUGCUGUGAUAAUAUUUUAAAUUUGAUUUCAACUGAUUCAGUGAAAGAAAAUACAUUUCUUUGUGAUGGUAGAGAAGAGGUUUUCAUUUUAUUGUAAAUGUUUCCAUGGAAAAUAGUAGAAUAUAUUGUAUAUUGUCUAUUAAAGCAUUAUGGGUCAGACAAUGUUUGAAACAGAAGCAAAACCUUACAGUUGUCAUAUUUGUGGAAGAUCUUUUUCUAAAAAUUCUAAUCUAACUGCUCAUAAACGUACUCAUACAGGAGAGAAGCCAUACCAUUGUGAAUUCUGUGGUAAAUCUUUUUCUCGUAACAGUGCAGUAACUUAUCAUAAACGUAUUCACACUGGAGAACAACCAUACCACUGUGAAAUAUGUGGCAAAGGAUUUUCUUUUAACAGUAAGUUGCUGCUUCAUAUUCGUAGUCACACUGGUGAAAGACCAUUCCAUUGUGAAACUUGUGGGAAAUCCUUUUCGUGUAAUAAUAAAUUAUCAUGUCACAAACGUAUUCAUACAGGAGAAAAACCUUACCAGUGUAAAACUUGUGGGAAAGCAUUUUCUCACAGUGGUCAUCUAUUAAUUCAUAAAAGGACUCAUACAGGAGAAAAGCCAUAUAACUGUGAAAUAUGUGGGAAAGCAUUUACUAGCAGCAGUAGUUUAGGUGAUCAUAAACGUGUGCAUACAGGAGAGAAACCAUACCAGUGUGAGAUCUGUGGGAAAGAGUUUUCAUUCAAUAGACAUUUAAAAAAUCAUAGAUUUAGUCACACCGGAACACCAUAUCCUUGUGAAUUCUGCGGAAAGACGUUUUCUUUGAAAAGCCAAUUAUCACUUCAUGAAAGGAGCCACACAGGAAAUGGAUCAUAUUCCUGUGAAAUCUGUGGGAAAUCUUUCUUGUUAAAAGGUAGAUUAAAUUUUCAUAAAAUUAUUCACACGGGCAAUAAACCAUUUGAGUGUGAAAUUUGUGGGAAAGCCUUUUCGCAAAAGUCUCACUUAAAAGAUCAUAAACUCACUCAUACUGAAAGAACAUUCCAUUGUGAAAUUUGUCUGAAAGUAUUUUCACGUAAAGUACAUUUAUUAAACCAUAAACAUACUCACUCUGAUGAAAAGCCAUACAAAUGUGAAUUUUGUGGAAAAGCAUUUUCUCAAAGUCGUUAUGUAUCCCGGCAUGUACGUACUCAUACAGGAGAUAACCCAUACCAUUGUGACAUUUGUGGUAAAGUAUUUACUUACAGUACACUUUUGUCUGAUCAUAAACGGACUCACACUGGAGAAAGACCAUACCAAUGCAUAACAUGUGGGAAAGCAUUUUCUCGUAGCAGUAACUUAUCAAACCAUAGGUGGACUCAUGCAAGAGAAACACCAUUCCGGUGUGAAACUUGUGGGAAAGCAUUUUGUUCUAAAAGGAGAUUGACUGAUCAUAAAUGGACUCACACUGGAGAAAAACUGUACCGCUGCGAAACAUGUGGGAAAGCAUUUUCUCGAAAUAGUAAUCUAACUCGUCAUAAAAGUAUUCAUACAGGAGAAAAAAUAUACCAAUGUGAAUUUUGUGAGAAAUUAUAUUAUAAAAAAGAGAAUUUAACAGAACAUAUACGUACUCACACAGGAGAAAAACCUUACCAAUGCGUAAUUUGUGGGAAAGCAUUUUCCAGAAACAGAAGCCUGUCAAACCAUUAUCUUAUUCACAAAGGACGAUGACCAUAAUAUGACAUUUGUCAAAAUGUGAUCUUGUUUAAAUGUUAAGUAGUCCUGCAACAUUUGUUCACAAAUAAAAUGUAACUUAGAAAAUUAUGGAAUAUUUUUUGAAAAUCAACUUUUACAAACUUUUAAAUAAAUAUAUUGAGACAGAAGAGCCUUUAUUACUGUGAUGUUUGUUGUAAAACCUUGACUAGUCUAUAACAUUUUAUCAUCUCUCUAAUUGUUUAAAUGUAUAUUCAAUGCUCAGAACAUUAAAAACAUUUAUGUUUAAAUAUGCUGUGAAGGUAAAAUAAUAUUAAUUGAUGACUAACAUUUGUUUUGUCAUUUUUCUCAACAAGUACAAGACACAGCUUCAGCCAUGUUUUAAUCUUAUUUGGUUUCCUCAUUA